CAUACACAAACACGGAGGCACACACACACUCUCUCUCUCUCUCUCUCACACACACUCACACACACACUCACUCACACACACACACAAACCCCCCAGAAAAGCAGCGAAUAAUAAAUGAGUCAAGCACAACUCCCACAUCAAUAACAGUUGAACCAAGAUGGCGGCCGAGGGCGAGUACGAGUCGAUCCUGUGCGUUAAGCCCGAUGUCAACGUUUACCGCAUCCCACCGCGGGCCACGAACCGCGGAUACAGGGCGGCUGACUGGAAGCUGGACGCUCCUGAUUGGUCCGGGCGGAUGAGGAUCACAGCCAAGGGGAAGGUGGCCUUCAUCAAGCUGGAGGACAAAGUCUCAGGGGAGCUGUUUGCCCAGGCCCCUGUGCACGAGUACCCGGGUAUCGCCGUGGAAACAGUCAGCGACUCCAGCCGAUACUUUGUUCUGCGAAUACAGGAUGACAACGGUCGCAGUGCGUUCAUCGGGGUCGGCUUCGGGGACCGAGGGGACGCCUUUGACUUCAACGUGGCUCUGCAGGACCAUUUCAAAUGGGUGAAACAGGAGAAUGAAAUCAGUAAAAACGCCCAGCUGGGGGAUUCGGGACCAAAACUGGACUUGGGCUUUAAAGAGGGACAGACCAUCACACUGAACAUCGGGCAAGGCAAGAAGAGGGAUAAGCCCCGCCCACAGGGGACAGGCGGGUUUGGACUCCUCCCGCCUCCACCCGGAGGCAAGAUAGCCCCUCCCCCCUCGUCAGGCUCGUCCAAUCACAAUACAGUUCCCCAGACGGGAGGCACAGCGACAGCCUGCCUGCUGGAGCUGGACAGCAGUAACUCCAACACAGUGGUUCAGUCCAGCCCGAGCUCAGAUCUGUGGGGAGACUUCUCCGCUCCUGCCAGUCCACGCUCUCUUCCACCAGCAGCACCACGACCACAGAACAGCACAAACUGGAUCCAGUUCUGAGUCGGCUGCUCACCGCGUCCUCACCUGCACCUGUCCAUCAUCGCCGAGAAGAGCCGCAGCUUCCUGUGCAUCACCGAAAGUACCCCCCCGUCCCCCCUAUUUAAAAAAAAAACAACAACAAACAAACAAACCCAGAGGACACCACGCAGUUCUUGAACGCUCCUCGUCGAAGCCGGGCCUGUCCGUGACGUCUCCACCUCGUCCAGCAUCAGUUUCUUCAUGAAUGUGAGAAAGUCAAGCCAUGAAACGAGCCGCCGGCCGAUCCAAUAACAUCCAAGGGCUACGUGUUCCUGUUCUGUGUCAGCAUCGCCCCCUGCUGGGCGCCGCACCAAACAGCGCCUCAUCUGUGAUCUGAGCUUUUUUUUCUUUUGUGUCAGUCAAAAAGCACGCAGCGCCCCCCUCAGGCAGCACACAGCACUACAUGGCUUCAGGGGGGCGUCAGUGCUUUUUGUGACUUAACUGUGACUAACGAGGACAAAGUGAAAGUCGCCUCUAAAUUACAUGAAAAACACCCGUUUCAACCAGACAAUUAAUAACAUUUCUGGUCGUACAAUCUUAUCUUUCUCAAUCCACACCUGAGAAAAGGCUGUUAAUACACAAAGUCCCCUUGUUCCAAUCUUUUUCAUAAAUCAAGUAACUUAAUCUUGAAAUGUUAAAAUUUCCACUUGUUUCACUGUAAUUCCCUAAAAUAAGAGAAACUGCACAUGGAAAAACACAAGAUUCUUUCAUUCACAGAAAUAUACAAUUUUAAGACUUAACACAGAAUUAAAUAACAUGUUAACUUUUACAAAGCAUCUUUCUCUGCAGAGGGGCUUUUUUUUUUUAAAGGGAAUGAAACUGAGCGGCGAUACUGGGAUGUUAAUCUAGAUGCACAUUUUGACACAAAGUUGUGAGGUUCUGUUUUACAUUUUGGGCAAAAAAAAUAUGUAUGUCAUAUGUAUAUAGGCUUAGUCUACAAUUAGGACUUUAAAAGUUAGGAUUUACAAAGUGAUAAUAUAAACGGAUGAAAAUAUGAGACUUGAAAGUCAGAUUAGCUUUGCUUUAUUGGAUAUUAAAAGGAAAGGGUCAGCAUCUCGAUCCUCUGCAUGCAGAUGAAACUUUAAUCACCGAGCAUCUGAUCCAUCAGCACAGCAGCUCCAAAGUGUGUCGUGUGUUUAAUGUGAAACACUGAGCUCACUCAGAGAAAACAUUUUAAAUAUCCCAGUUCUGACAGAAUUUAUAGAGAUAAAAUAUAUCUAUGAGGUAAAACUGUAUUUGUGAUCGCUGCUUAAUGAAGUUUUCUGAGCAAAGCCAAGGGAAAUAAAACCAUUAAACCAAGUGGAGAAGCAAAAAAAAAAAAACUUAAACUUCAUAUCAAAGAGGCCGUCAGUGAAACGUGAAGAUCAGACACUGUGGCAUCUCAUCAGCAGAUCUGUGUGAAUUUAUGAAGCCGUUCAAAAUGUUCAGCUCCUGUGAAAGUUCAGUCCACCCACACAAACUGAAUUCACUGUUUGACUUCAGUUUAAUUCAGUUUCCAGUCCAUCUCAUACACUGACAUCUGUUUAUCUUAUCCAGAGACAGCACUCAUUCUGUCUUGUCUCGUAAAGUAAUUUUUUUUUUCCCUACAAGGCUGGUUUUAGAUGUUUUGUUUGUGAGAUCAAGAGACGACCAGCACACAGAGAAGAAUCACAGAGCAAAAUGUCUUGGGAGCUGCACAGAAACCCUGUAAUUACCCACAACCCCCUCUGAGUGGACUCGUGACCCAUUUCUCACGCAGACACAGCUGACACGCACCGUCAGGGCUGCCAGACACACUCUGCUCACAUGGAGUGUAAAAAAAAAAAAAAAUAGUCCAGUGAAGCAAAUCGAAAGUGAAUCAGAGAAUUUACAAAUGCUGUUUUUUUUUUUAAAUUUUAUUUUAUUUUUAAUUUCAAAGUGCUUGAAGUGUCAGCGGGGUGGGGUUUGACGCCGGACAGUAACAAUGAGGGGUUUAGACAAUCACAGGGGAACAAUCUGGAAGUUUCUUCACUGCUCUGGACACGGUCUGGGCUGCCCUGGCGUGUCAAGCCCCACCCGACUGGUUUGUUUCAGGUUGUAUUUCAAACUGGAAACGAGUUGAAUACCUCUGUCCCGGGACGGCGCGGAGAAAAAAAAAAAAAAAAGAAAAAAAACUUAAUGAUUGUCUUACCUCGUCUGAUGAAUGUCUUUACCGCAGCAAGCGAUGUGUUGAUUGUCGUGCUGAGAAAGUAAACAAAAAAUAAAUAAAUAAAUAAAUAAAUACUACUAAUAAUAAAUAAAUUAAAAAUGCUUUGGCUGAGUUUGAACGGUGUUUACAGGAUUUUGACCCAUGAAUUGUCAAACUGGCAUUAUUCUUCGACUGUGAACUCAUUUGUGUUGAUGAUUUUUUUUUUUUUUUUUUUUUUUUAAGUUUUGACUGACGCUGGACUGAUGGAUGUAAUCGGCGUCAGACACCGGGGUGAUUGAUUAGUGAUACGUUGGUCUGUGUCUGUUGUGUUUACAUCGCUCACAGUGUUGGCAGCAGUAUAUAAAAAAAAAAAAAAUGUCUCUGUUUCUCACUCAUUCCACACUGUAAAAUCACUGGACUAACACUUUUGAUUUAUGACCAAUUUCAUGAGAAAGAGGCAAUAAAUCCUUACAAAGGA